ACCAGACGAGUGAGGUUCCGGCUGCCCCGGGAGGCCGUCUCUUGUCUCACCCUAGUUCUGAACUGUCGGUUUCUGUUAGCAUGGGAGCAAGAACAUACAAGAGGUACACAACCCAGUUUAAGUUAAGAGUCAUCAGCUACGCAGCAAAAACAAAUAAUUGUGUUGCGGCAAGAAAGUAUGGAACAUCAGAGAAGGCCGUCAGAGACUGGAAAAAAAUUUCAGCGCAGCUCAAGGAAAUUAAUAGGAAUGACAAAGGAAAAGUGCCAACAAAUUGGCCAGAACUGGAGGAGCAUGUUGCAGACUGGGUUAACGAACGUCUCCAGAAUGGCCACGGCAUUUAUCGUGCCUCCAUCCGACCCUAUGCUCUCAAAAUGGCAAGGAAAUGUGGCAUCACAGAUUUUAUGGCCACUACUGAAUGGUACUCAAGAUUCAUGAAGAGACACAACUUUGUAGGAUUAAAACGCUCAUAUGGUGUGAGGAGGAAGUCUCCAGAGAUGGGUGAUUUUGAAUCACCCGAGGUAAACGACACUCACUACAAACGGAAUACUGAGGCGACGAGAAACUUCCUAAAAAGAAUGAAACGGAGACAUUGUGUGCCUUGUAGGCCUCUAUCUUUGGCAAGAAGCCAUCAGCAUAUAAGGAAGUCAAAAUACUCCAUUGAGUUUAAGCUAAAGAUAUGUGAUCUUUUGAGGAAGGGAAAGACCCAGAUGUCUAUAGCCCGCCAGUUCCAGAUGAACCAGCCCACCAUUUGUAGCAUUAAAAAACAAGAACAUAUUUUAAGAAAAGCUUUGGUCGAGGGCAGGUUUGCCAGCAGUGAAACACCGCUCAAAGUUACACGCCUCUGGGAGAUUGAGAAUGCCCUUUACUUCUGGAUACAAGAUCAAUACACAAAAGGCAUUCCUGUCGAUGAUGCCAUGAUUUGCAAGAGGGCUACUGAGAUUCACGCAGACAUGGAACAAGGGGAUGGCAACUGUAACACAUUCAUAGCUUCAGAUGCUUGGCUGAGGCGCUUUAGGAAGCGGCACAACCUGCGACUAAAGAAGAGUACGGAUCCUACUGCCGCAUCGUCUCGCUGUGCCACUGACCACACUGAUGCAUUGUCUUUUCGUGCCAAGUUUGCAGCUAUCAUCAAUGAGGAAGGAUAUUCUCCAGAGCAGGUGUUCAUGGUAGGUGAGACUGUCCAUUUCUGGAAGCAUCUUCCCGCCAAGACCUUCCUGAUGGAGGAGGAAAAGGCUGCUUCAGGUUUCAAGGCCUCCAAUGAGUAUAUGACUUUGUUGUUCUGCUCAAAUGCAGCGGGGGACUUCAAGCUGCCUCCUCUGCUGGUGUAUCGAUCCCUUUGUCCCCACGAACUCGAGAACGUUUUCAGUCUACCUGUAGUAUGGCGAGCUAACAGCAAGGCUUGGAUGACAUCGGCGAUCUUUACUGAUUGGUACCAGCAUAACUUCAUUCCUGCCGUGGACAAGUACCUGAAGUCGAGAAACCUGCCAAGUAAAGCCAUCUUGUUUGUUCACAGUACUCCCAGUCACCCACAAACCCUGAAGGGCACUGUUGAUGGUGACGGAUACCGCCUCGAGUUCUUCCCGCCUGACACCAGCUCUCUGCUGCAGUCGCUCGACCAAGGAGUGAUAGCACAGAUCAAGAGACUGUACACCAAGCAGAUACUAUGGGAUAUGCUUUUGUAUGUUGAAGGCAAAGGUAAUAGUAGAAAAGAAGUAGUUGAAUUUUGGAAAAAAUUUAGCAUUAGAAGUGCUAUCUCCAUCAUCACAGACUCCUGGGAGAAAAUCACCUCCUCAAGUCUUAAUGAAGCAUGGGAGAACCUGUGGCCUGAAAUUAUGUCUCAGUUUCAUGGUUUUCCUGACAAGCAGAAAGAGAUACGCAGUAUUGUGGAGAUUGCUAACAGCAUCCCUGGGGAAGGGUUUAGUGACCUGGUGGCUAAGGACAUUGUGGAGCAUCUGGAGAGUCACCGCAACAUUAUGACUCCAGAAAACGCCCUCGAGCUGACUGCUGGAGAAAUUGAAGGAGAGGAUGUAAAUGCCGAAGCUGUUCUCCCAUUGCAGGUGCCUUCAACGGCGAUGAGGCAGAUUGUAGAAUAUAUGAACUCUGGUCUCAAAAUUGCUAAUGGUGACCCCAAUUUUAAACGAGCUUAUGAAGCUAUCCAUCACAUUAGGAAAGCCUUUGAAGUUUAUGGCAAGACAAUCAAUCGAUGCUCGUUCUCAAGAAAAGUAACUUAAGAUUUUGAUAUGCCAGAUUUUUUUAUAUUCUCUAAAUAAAACUUGAUUUUACAAUACAAUA